ACGUCCCAGCUUAAAAGCUUAGUUUUUAAAAAGGAUUCUUACAAUCAUAUGUCUUCUACCCAUUAGAAGAGGAAUAAGAAAGCAAAGGUUAAAAAUCAGCUGUUUCAAGUUUUUGAUAUAAAAAGAGAAAGUUUUCAGAAAAAUCCUGAUACCUUCCAGGAUGUGACUCUUGCAAAUUUACAAGAAAAGGCAACUAAUCUAACAGCUUGAGAUCAAAGAACCUCUUGAAGACUUAUUUCAAGUUGCUGAUAUAAAAAGUAGAGGUUUUCAGCAAAGUCCUGCAGGAAGAAGAGAAGACAUAACUUAGGCUGUUUCCUCCACCAAAAUACGGGGUUACCCCUCAUUUACGUAGAAGAAAUUUGCAAGAAAAAUCUGGGUAUCAGAAUGGCAGCAAAACUUAACUUGCCAGAAAAUACAGAUGACUGGACAAUACAGGAUGUAAAUCGGUGGUUAGAGAGUCAUAAAAUUGAGCAAAAACACAGAGAAAUUUUGACUGCGCAAGAUGUGAAUGGCGCAAACCUCAAGUACUUAACUAGAAAUGACCUCGUUGAUCUGGGCAUAACAUUUGGACCAGCUAUCCAAAUAGAACAUCUAUUCAAAGAGUUGCUGGAAAAAUCCUCUGGAGAUCCCCCUCACCCAUGUAAGAGGGGGAAAGCCAAUAAAAAUGUUGGAGAAGCUUCAAAGCAAAAACAAAAGGAUAAAGAGAAAUCAGAUAUGGUUAAUGACUCUGCAGUGAGUACAGUUCCCAAAGUUUCUAAGUCACUAAAAAAUGAGGACAUAGAAGAUGAAAUAGAUGGCACAAAGGGAAAGCAGCCAUCCAUAGAACUGACAUGUGUGUCAUACCCUUUUGAUGAAUUCAGUGAUCCAUAUCGUUACAAAUUGAAUUUUAGUCUACAGCCUGAAACAGGACCACUCAAUCUCAUUGACCCAGUACAUGAAUUCAAAGCCUUCACAAAUAGAGAAACAGCCACAGAAGAGGAUGUUAAGAUGAAAUUUAGCAAUGAGGUUUUCCGAUUUGCUUCAGCUUGUAUGAAUUCACGUACCAAUGGCACCAUUCAUUUUGGAGUCUUGGACAAACCCCAUGGAAAAAUUGUUGGUGUGGAAGUCACCACUGUCACCAAGGAAGCCCUCAUUGACCACUUCAAUCUGAUGAUCCACCAGUAUUUUGAAGACCAUCAGGUCCAAAAAGCAAAGAAUUGCAUUCGAGAGCCAAGAUUUGUAGAAGUUUUACUGCCAAACAGUACUCCAUCUGACAGAUUUGUUAUUGAAGUGGAUGUUGUUCCAAAAUAUUCUGAAUGUGAACAUGAGUAUUUUCAGAUUAAAAUACAAAAUUGUAGCAAUGAGACAUGGAAACAAAGUCCAAACUUCUCAGUCUUUGUGCGAGAUGGGGCCAGUUCUAAGGACAUCAUGAAAAAUAAAGCAGAUUUCAAAGCAUUUAAAUUAGAUUUAAAAAGACUGGGAGAAGCUAGGAAAGAGGCAGAAGAAAAAUGCAGAGUAAAAACACAUAAAAAAGAGAGUGAGGGACCAAAGCUUGUUAAAUUGUUGACGGGAGGUCAGGAUUUGUUAGAUAAUUCAUACUAUGAAUGGUACAUUCUUGUAACAAAUAAAUGCCAUCCGACUCAAAUAAAACACUUAGAUUUCCUAAAGGAAAUUAAAUGGUUUGCUGUAUUAGAGUUUGAUCCUGAAUCUGUGAGCAAGGGUGUGGUCAAAGCUUACAAAGAAAGCCGAGUAGCAAACCUUCACUCCCCAAGUUUGUAUAUGGAGGCAAAGACCACAGAUGAGAAGAUCACUAGUCUGAAUCUUUAUCAACAACUCAGCUGGAUUUUCUGCAAUGGCAGGUUAGACCUUGACACUGAAAGAUACACACCCUUAGAUCCAAGUUCCUGGCAAAGAGAAAAAGCAUCUGAAGUCCGGAAACUGAUUUCAUUUCUUACACAUGAAGACAUAAUGCCAACAGGGAAGUUUUUGGUGGUAUUUCUAUUACUCUCCUCUGUCGAAGACCCAAGGGACCCCCUCAUUGAGACCUUCUGUGCUUUCUACCAAGAUCUGAAAGGAAUGGAAAAUAUAUUGUGUAUUUGCGUUCAUUCACACGUAUGUCAGAGAUGGAAGGAUCUACUUCAAGCAAGACUAAUAAAACAGCAAGAUGAAUUAUCAAGCCAGUGUAUUUCUGCUUUAAGUCUUGAAGAGAUAAAUGGAACUAUUCUUAAGCUAAAAUCUGUGACUCAAUCGUCAAAGAGAUUUUUGCCAUCUAUUGGUUCAUCUACUGUCCUUCUGAAAAAAGAAGAAGAUAUCAUGACUGCUCUGGAAAUUCUCUGUGAAAAUGAAUGUGAAGGUACACUCUUAGAGAAGGACCGAAAAAAAUUUCUUGAAUUCAAGGCAACAAAAGAGGAAGACUUCUACAGAGGUGGCAAAGUAUCAUGGUGGAACUUCUACUUUUCUUCUGAAAACUAUUCUUCACCUUUUGUCAAAAGGGAUAAAUAUGAAAAACUUGAAGCAAUGAUUCAAAACUGGGCAGACUGCUCUAAGCCAACAUGUGUCAAAAUUAUUCAUUUGUAUCAUCAUCCAGGCUGUGGUGGGACUACCUUGGCCAUGCAUAUUCUCUGGGAAUUAAGGAGGAAAUUCAGAUGUGCUGUGCUGAAAAACAAGACAGUGGAUUUUUCUGAAAUUGGAGAACAAGUGACUAAUUUAAUCACCUACGGGUCAACAAGCAAUCAGGAAUACUUACCUGUACUGCUGCUUGUUGAUGAUUUUGAAGAACAAGAUAAUGUCUAUCUUCUGCAGGCCUCUAUUCAAACAGCUGUAGCUAAUAAGUAUAUUCGGUAUGAGAAACCUCUAGUGAUCAUCCUAAACUGCAGGAGAUCCCAGAAUCCUGAAAAAAGUGCAAAGGUCUCAGACAGUAUUGCCUUAGUACAAAAACUAUCUCCCAAAGAACAGAGAGCUUUUGAGCUUAAAUUGAAAGAAAUUGAAGAGCAACAUAAAAACUUUAAAGAUUUUUAUUCCUUCAUGAUUAUGAAAACCAAUUUUGAUAAAAAGUACAUAGAAAAGGUGGUCAGGAAUAUCCUGAAAGGACAAAAUAUUUGCACCAAGGAAGCAAAGCUCUUUUCUUUUCUGGCUCUUCUUAAUUCAUAUGUGCCUGAUACCACAAUUUCACUAUCACAGUGUGAAAAGUUCUUAGGAAUCACAAACAAGAAGGCUUUCUGGGGAACAGAAAAACUUGAGGACAAGAUGGGCACCUACUCUACAAUUCUGAUAAAAACAGAUGUGGUAGAAUGUGGGAAGUACUGUGGAGUACGCAUUAUUCACCGUCUGAUUGCCAUUCGCUCAUUGGAAGAACUGAAGAUAACCUAUAACUUGGAUAAAAGUCAGAUUAUGCUGGAUAUGCUAACGGAAAAUUUGUUCUAUGAUACUGGUAUAGGAAGAAGCAAAUUUUUAGAAGAUAUGCAAACACUGCUGCUCACAAGACAGCGCAAUGAACAUGAAGGUGAAAUGGGAACUUGGUUUUCCCCGUUCAUUGAAGAAUUACACAAAGAUGAAGGGAAUGUAGCAGUUAAAAAGGUAUUGCUUGAAGGUAUUCAUCGGUUCAACCCAAAUGCAUUCAUUUGCCAAGCCUUGACAAGACAUUUCUACAUUAAAGAGAAAGACUUUGAAAGUGCUUUACAUUGGGCAAAUAAAGCAAAAAAGAUAGAACCUGACAAUUCUUAUAUCUCAGAUACACUGGGUCAAGUCUACAAAAGUAAAAUAAGAUGGUGGAUAGAGGAUAAUGGCAAAAAGGGGAACAUUUCAGCUGGUGAUCUAUAUGCUCUUUUGGAUUUAGCAGUACAUGCCUCAAAUGCAUUCAAAGAAUCUCAACAGCAAAGUGAGGAUAGAGAGUAUGAAGCGAAGGAAAGAUUUUCUCAGAAGUCAAAGAGGCGGUAUGAUACUUACAAUACAGCUGGCUAUCAAGGGGAGAUAGAAGUUGCGCUCUACACAAUCCAGAUUCUCCAGCUCAUUCCUUUUUUUAACAAUAAAAAUGAACUGUCUAAAAAAGAUAUGAUCAAUUUUAUAUCAGGAAGUACUGAUAUUCCUGGGGAUCCAAACAGUGAAUUUAGAUUAGUCCUCAAGAAUUUUAUUCCUUAUCUAACUAAUUUGCAACUUUCUUUGAAAAAAUCCUUUGAUUUUUUUGAUGAUUACUUUGUCCUUCUAAAACCCAGGAACAACAUAAAGCAAAAUGAAGAGGCCAAAAUUCGGAGAAAGGUGGCUGUAAAUUUUAAGAAGUAUGCAGAUAUAUUUGGUCCCUCAGAAGAAUCACAGAACAAAGAUCUUGGAUCAAAGCUUAGUUUGCCACUUCGAGUAGAGAUGUACCGGAGAAGUCUAGAAGUUUUAAAAGCAGACAAGUUUUCUGGGCUCUUGGAAUAUCUUAUCAAAAGUCAGGAAGUUGCUGUAAGCACCAUGGAAGAUAUAGUGAACAAAUACACUUUACUCUUUGAGCAAUGCACUGUCCAAAUCCUGCCAAAGGAAAAGCAAAAUUUCAUCUUGGCUAACAUCAUCCUCUACUGCAUUAAACCUUCCUCCAAAAUAGUAAAGCCAAUUAAAAAACUGAAAGAUCAGCUUCGAGAAGUCUUGCAACAAAUAGGACCAACUUACCGAUACUCAGAACCUUAUUUCCUAGCUUCCCUCUUAUUCUGGCCAGAAAACCAACAACUAGAUCAAGAUUCUAAACAAAUGGAAAAGUAUGCCCGGUCACUGGAAAAUUCCUUCAGGGGGCAGUAUAAGCAUAUGUAUCGUACCAAGCAACCAAUUGCCUAUUUCUUUCUUGGGAAAAGUAACAGUAUGAACAGACUUGUUCACAAAGGAAAAAUUGAUCAAUGUUUUAGAAAGACAGCUGAUAUUAAUUCCUUAUGGCAUAGUGGAGAUGUAUGGAAGGAGGAAAAAGUCCAAGAACUUUUGCUUCGGUUAAAGGGACGAGCUGAAAAUAAUUGUUUAUACAUAGAAUAUGGAAUCAAUGAAAAAAUCACAAUACCCAUCUUACCUGCUUUUUUGGGUCAACUUAGAAGUGGCAGAAGCAUAGAAAAAGUGUCUUUUUACCUGGGAUUUUCCAUUGGAGGCCCACUUGCUUAUGACAUUGAGAUUAUUUAAGAGUUUGAUCUUCUCCCUCCAGUAAUGUGGAUGCAAUAGCACUUAACUUCUUUUAGUUCCAAGAUCUAUACUUUAAAUUGGCAGAUUUAUAGAUACAGACUCUGGCUUUUCAGCCCUGGGUAUACAAUGUUUAUAUUUCCUCUUAAGCAUGUUAUGAGUCUCACACAGACCUAGAAACAACAAAAAUACACCAAAAUUCCAAGACUAAUGAAUAAAAUGGACUCUUGUGAGAAGACUAAAGAGUCCCAAUCCAGGGGAUCCCAGUAGUCUAGCAGGUAUAUAUAUAACCUAGGCAUUGAACAAGCACAACUAGUAAAAGGUCAUCAAAAUGUAAUUUUCCCUAAUAAAAUGAUGGAUAUGGGAAAUCAUCAAUGGUUGCUAAGACUGACAAAAAGUUGAUAAAGAACUAUACAGAUGAAUCAGACUGUCCUAAAUCCUGAUCAGUGUUAACACUGCAGAAAGAGAACCAGACAUUACAGGCGUAGAAGUGCUGUAGGAGUGUGCACAUCACCCACGAGAUAGUCUUGCCAAAUAACUGAGCCUGAAUCUGAUCAAGCCUCUGGAUCUUCCAAUUUAAAGGAAAUACAGACACUGCAUAUGCUUCAGUGUAACUUCGUGUAUAGGGUAUAGGGAUGGUGAAAGGAGAGUAGCUGCAACAAGAUUGGACCAGAGUUAACAGUGGAUGCAUUAUGAGUACACGGGACUUCAUCAUACUCUUCUGUCUCCUUUGGACUGUGCUUUUAAAGUUUUCUGUUAUAAAAUACUUGCAAAACAAACAAAAA